UUUGGUCUUUUUUUUUCUUUAUGAUCAAUUGGGAUGUCAUCAGACAAUAUUCAUGGACUUGUUUUGGCUGUCUCUUCAAGCAUUUUUAUUGGAUCUAGCUAUAUUAUCAAGAAGAAGGGUCUUAACAAAUCUGGAGAAAAUGGAACAAGAGCUAGUCAAGGAGGGUACUCUUAUUUGUAUGAACCCUGGUGGUGGGCAGGGAUGAUUACUAUGAUAGUUGGGGAGGUGGCUAAUUUUGCAGCUUACGCGUAUGCUCCUGCAAUUCUCGUAACACCAUUGGGAGCUUUAAGUAUUAUUUUCAGUGCAGUGCUAGCACACUUCAUUCUGAAGGAGAAAUUACACAUCUUUGGUAUUCUUGGAUGUGCUCUAUGCGUGGUCGGCUCUACUACUAUUGUUUUACAUGCUCCACAGGAAAGAAACAUUGAAUCUGUCGAAGACGUUUGGCAGCUUGCAACAGAGCCAGGUUUCCUUGUAUACACUUGCCUAGUUGUGAUUGUGGUAUCAGUUCUUAUUUUUCGAUAUGUUCCACGCUAUGGCCAAACUCAUAUGAUAGUUUAUGUUGGAAUCUGCUCUCUCAUGGGCUCUCUUACGGUAAUGGGUGUUAAAGCAGUAGGAAUCGGAUUGAAGCUGUCGUUUGAAGGAAUGAAUCAAUUUAAAUACUACCAAAUAUGGGUUUUCACAUUGGUUGUGAUCUUCUGUUGUCUUUUGCAGCUGAACUACUUGAACAAGGUAAAUGUUGAAAAUAUUUAG